AUGUCUAGUAAGACUAAACAAAUUAUGGUUAGGAUUGCCGAUGAAGGUGCGGUACCUUUCAACGCCGAACCCACAAGUCCUAUCCUAUUGCAGCGGAAAAAGAAAGUUCGUUUGGCCGCUUUCACCUCCUCGGUUUCAUUGAUCCUCUCAUGGCCAUUUCCCCCCAUUAUUCUAUGUUUCCAGGCGAACAGACGUUUGAAUUUUGAUCCUCGUAUCUACACGACUCUGAUAACUGCUUACCUUUUGUCAGGUUCCAUCAAGCGUCUACUCCUACGGCGUUCCCUUUCACCGAAGGACUACAAUAGGCGCGCUAAAAACGUAAUCAAGAUAGAAAGGGAAGUGGGAAUUAUCAACAAGCGCGUGGCCGAUAUGGUGCCUGAUCUUCAAGAUUCGACCUUCCAUGCCGGUGUCAUCGUUGCUAUUGUGAUAUGCCUCAUUCUUGAUGUUUGCCUUCGAUUUGUGGGUCCAGAAAUGACCGAGUUUUACUCGUUGUUGAUUCUUUCUGGGCUUUCAACGUGCCUGUCGCUUAUUUCCGUUCCAAGCUUGCAUAUCGCGGUGAGGAGCCUGCUGAAUAUGCCGGCUGAAUGUGAAGGGAGUGAACAAUGUUUAUCCAGUUCUCGAACAUGCCCUGCCUCGUCAAACGGUGGGGGUAAUUGCGCAGCUGGAGAUGUUGGGGGCCGCAAUGGAAUGGUCUCUCAAGCUUUGACGAUCCGGAACAAGUACAUCAUAAGCACCGUCUUUGCUUCCCUCAAACAUCAUCAGUACCCCCCCGGACAGCUGAUCAUGAUCCUUUUCUCGGGACUCCUCACCACAGGAACCAUCCUCUUUGACUACCUUCUCCUUCCCUACUUUGUGAUCUACUUACGAAGAAACCUUUUCACCCCUUUUCCUGAUUUCUUCCCCUUCCCAGACUUCAUCCUUGUCUAUGGGACCCUCUUCGCCUCGGAGCUGCUUUCCCGCACCAUCAUUCUCGAGUACACGAAUCUCGGAGACCGAAUUAUGAGGUGGUCUAAUCCUAGCUUGAUCGGCGCGUUGAUAGUAGUCUCCGCCCUCUCCUUCUUCAUGCCUGCCAUCCUCUAUUGGAUUGGCAGCAGAACUGCCGGAACGGCAAACAGCCUCUUCGGCUUUUGCCUUUUCGUCCUAUGUGUGACGCAGGGCCUGUUAAAGGCGGCGCACGCUCUUCUUGGCGGCCUUCUCUUCACUAAGUAUUGUGACUCUAUGACAUUGGUGCCGCGCAGCGUGGCACAGACGGGCGAGCAGCUGCUUGGCGUUGUGAGGUGCUUUUUCGCGGCCCUACUCUUCGCCGUUGGAGGCGCCAUUUUGUAUCACCAGGUUGUCAAUUCUGUAUUUCUCAAUGCCCUCGCCUUUGUCCCUCACCGGAGUUUGCGCUUUAUGGCGACAAUGGUCAUGGUCUCCGUAGUGUACUCACUGGCACUGUCGACAGCCAUCGCUGGAUAUACUCGAGUCUAUGCUCACGAUAAGGCUCGUCAAGUCCGCAUUGAACACCCAGACUAA